GCUAAAGCCUACACAAAAACGAACAAAAAAUCUUCUGUUAAAAAGUAAAAGAGUCAAAGACCAACAACCAGUUUUGCAUCGCGAUAUAAAUCAGAAACCUUAAAUAUCCUGAAGCGUUUGUUUAAUUCUUCAAUAGAUAGAUUUUUGCUUUGCUACUCCUCUAAACUACACGAACCCAUAUCGUUUAAAAAGCUGCUUUGCAAAGUGGGAGGACAGUUCCGAACCAUCCGUGAUGUUAGUAACUUAGUGCUGGCAGUGUAGUUAACAAAAACAUUCAGUGAAAAAGUUUUAUUUUUUAACAGUACAAACAAAUUUUGGAUAUCCAACCACCUUUGCUUUAGGAAGUUUAUUAAAAAAGAUUACAAAUAAAUUCUUUUGGAAGGAAACUCAAAAAUAAUCCCACAAAAUGUCCAAGGACGCUACCUCGAUGAUAUGGGACUAUCUAGUGUUUAUAAUAUUCGUGAUAGCCAGCUCUUUCGUGGCCGUAUACUCGAGAUUUUUUGGGCCGAAGGAAAAAACAAAAGCCGACUAUGUUUUUGCGGCCGGUAAAGUCUCCAUGGCGGCCAUGAUGUUAAGUAUAGCCAGGGGGACACUGGGCGUAAGAUCUUUUUUGGGGUACCCCUCUGAGCUCUUCUACAGGGGCAGCACCAUGUGGGAAACCCUCUACGGAAUGGUGCUAGCAUACCCUAUAGUGUGCUAUGUGUUCGUGCCAGUCUACUUCAGCUUGGGCAUCACAUCAGUGUACCAAUACCUGGACUUACGGUUUAAGUCCAGAUUAGUUAGAUGCCUGGCAUCCGGUACCUACGUUAUAAGACAGCUUUUGAAUCAAGGCGUUACUGUUUUUACGCCAUGCGUUGCCUUAAACACUGUGAUUGGGAUCCCGUACUGGGCUUCAAUUUUUGGAAUUACGUUGGUCAGCAUUAUUUUUACUGUUUUGGGUGGCUUAAAGGCUGCAAUUUUGGCUGACGUAAUGCAAGGAUUAACAAUGAUAGCCGUCAGUAUGGCGAUUAUUUUCCAAGGAUUAUUCGAAGUGGGCAGCGUUAAUGAAGUAUUCAGAAGAAAUAUUGACGGUGGCAGAUUGGAUUUUUUUAACUUUAACAUGGAUCCUACCAUUCGUGUUACUACAACAUCAGCUUUGAUUGGACAAUUAUUUAUGUCACUUUCCAUUUUUGGAUGUCAGCAGAAUUUUGUGCAAAGAUAUUGCAGCAUGGACUCGCAAAAGAAAGUCACAAAGACUUUAAUGUACAAUAUCCCAGUGAUAACAGUGCUGUUUAGUUUAUCAUGGGUGGUGGGCAUGGUUGUCUACGCCACCUACUACAGUUGCGAUCCAAAAACAUCAGGAUACAUUGAAAAGUACGAUGAAAUUUUACCAUUUUUCGUUGAAGACAGAUUCAGUUAUUUCCCUGGAAUUCUCGGACUUUUUAUGGCCAGUUUAUUCAACGGUGCCUUGAGCUUGAACGUAUCAAAUCUGAACUCUCUGGCCACAGUAACAUUCGAGGAUUUCGUCCGCCCAAUUCCUUGCUUCAAAGGAAUGAAAGAUAGUCAUCAAUUAUUCUCCAUAAAGAUUAUUAGUGUGGUUUAUGGGUUGGUAAUCAUGGGUAUCAGUUUUGGUGUAGGAUUGUUGGAUGGUGUCAUUGAAUCUUCCAUGUUGGUAACAUCUGCUACUUCCGGUCCUCUACUUGGUGUCUUCCUCAUGGCACUUUUGAUACCUUGUGCUAACUGGAAGGGCGCUUCAGCAGGCGUAAUUACAGGACACAUUGUGACGCUGUGGAUCACGUUUGGAGGUCUGACCAUCACUAAACCGCCCGCUAAAAUGUUGGAAUUAAAUGUGACAGGGUGCAGCAACUCUUCAUUCAACGAUCAUAUUUUAAAACCUGAACAUCAGGAGUUCUUCAUUGUGCCCACGACAACAAUGGCACCCAUGCACAAUUUUACUGACGUCUUAACCAAAGACGCUCCACUGAGUCCGCUAACAUCGCUCUACUCGAUCACCUACAUGUACUACUCCUUCGUAGGCUGCUUCAUCACCAUCCUCAUCGGCUGGACAGUGUCCUACUUUACCGGCAGCGAGAAGGACAUCUACGAUCAAGAGUUGAUUCACCCGAUCGCCCGCAAGAUGGCGGACGCGUUCCCGGGCAAAAAGCGCAAAUACGCGGAGAAAAUAACCCGCAUCGAGGAUAAAACACCGAAAAAUCCAACUUUACAGCCGUCUGUUAGCGCGAAUACAAUAAGCGACAAGAAAAACGGCACGCUGAAUCCGACGUUUCAACACGAUGUACCUUUGGAGGACAUCAACGAGGUCUGCAGAACAAAGUUGUGAUGAUUAUUGAUCAUAUCAACGAAAGGACGCUAUAAAGUGCCUAAUAAUCUGUGAUCUCUAGCUAUUAUUAGUUUAACCCGUUUUUUAUUUACCUACUUAAAAGUCGACGAAAAAUUGUCUGUGUACCGUUGUUAUUUAUUUUAUCGGGGACAUUCUACUUUUCUUUGCAGAAAGGACACAUUGACAGGAUAGUUUUUUAUUUUUACUUAUGGUAUAAUAAUACGCACACAAAUUACAUACAUAUUAGAGUGAUUCAUUUCCGCAAAGUUUUUGUUUUCUUCGGUUCUCAAGCAAAACAUCAAUCUGCAUAUAGAAAAAAAAAAUUCUUAACAAGUUUGAGCUCUUAAUAUAAAUUUUAAGUACUUACUAUUUAAAUUUAAAGUUUUACCGUUUAAAAUGCAUGUAAAAAAUAUAUUUUUUUUCAAAUUUCUAAUGCUUA